GCGUAGUAAAUCUGUCAUAGAAAUUACUUUAAUAGAUUGACUAAGGAGAGAAUUUAACUCUGAAUACAUUAGACUUGAUUCUUCGUGCAACAGGAGGAACACUGGUGAAAAAUGAAGGCCUCUUUCGCCCUCUUGUUGCCCCUGCUCCUGCCCCUCGUCAGCGGCCAGGUGUUCCACUGGGGCCCCUGUCCAGAGCCCGUCGUCCAGCCCAACUUCAACCUCCAAAAGUACCUUGGAAAGUGGUAUGAAAUUGAGAAACUGCCAGCGUCUUUUGAGAGGGGAAAAUGCAUAGAGGCUAAUUACUCCCUGAGAGCUGAUGGAACCAUUAAAGUUCUCAACACGGAAUUCCUUAAAGGGAGGGUGAGGUCUAUCGAAGGGACGGCUGUGGUGCAAGACAUCAAAGAGCCAGCCAAGCUGGGAGUCAGCUUCUCCUACUUCACGCCCUACAGCCCGUACUGGGUGUUGUCCACCGACUACGUCACGUCUGCGGUGGUGUACUCGUGCACCGACGUGGUGAGGCUGUUCCAUGUGGAUUUCGCCUGGAUCCUCGGCCGCACGCGCACACUUCCCGAGACCACCAUCAACUUCGCCAAGAACAUGCUGGCCAGCGACAACAUCGACAUCAGCAAAAUGAUCCUGACUGACCAGCAGGGCUGCGAGAAGGAGCCUUAGGUGACAGAGAGAGAAAAGCGGCCUAUAUAGGGCCAUCAGCAGAUUUUAUUAUUUUUUUCUCAAAUGAAGGGAAGGUUUGGCUUCGGCUCCUUAUUCAUAAAGUAAUUUUAACCACGAGCACUUAAUCUUUACGGUCUCUAUAUCAGAAAAAAGAUGGCUGUUGCAACUUUUGUGAUUAAUAAACUACAAUAAUUCCUA